AUGGAGGGGAUGGAGGAGGCGGAGGCCAAGCCUGCCUGCAGCGGCCCUCAAGAGCCCAAAAUAGGAAGCAGAACAGCCAGCUUCAUGGAGGUGACAGCUGUGGAGAGAAGUGGCACUGAGUCACAGCCCAAUAAUGGACACCUUCCAAGACCCUGGCCCUGUCCUCAGGAAGACAGAACACCCAGCCUGAUGGCCCCCCACCCUCCCAGGGCAUGGGGGUUACAGCCCCAAGGACCCUCCGUGUUAGAGUCCAAGGUCAGGGCCUUGAAGGAAAAUAUGACAGCAGGCAAACAGGGAGCAAGCCCCUGCCUCACUAUGCAUGAGUGGCCAUCCCCCAAGAAACCCAAAUACCGACGAGUCAAGGUGGGUGGAGCCAGGACUCUGUCAGCAGGGACUCCCUUGCCAGAUGCUGGUGUGGUCCUCCAUGCUCAGAACCUGAACGAAGGACAGCUGGACCACAGUGUCAAUAAGGAGGAGCCUGCCAGGAAUGGGAGCCCCAGACCUCCCAGACCUCCUGCCCCUGGGCUUGAGUGUUAUAAUGGGAGGAGCCCGUGGAUUCCAGAAACAGUAUGGAUACUGCCUGACCAUGAGAGGAGUCUGCUACCAGGGCCUGCCUCUUCACAAGAGAGCCCCAUCCACAGAGUCACUCCAGGCCGACCUAGGGGCCCUAGACCUUGUAACAAAAUCACCCACAUGCCCAGCCUGAGGAAAGGAAGGUCAUGCCCCCUUCAGGAUGAUCUAGUCACAGGGGGAGACCUGGACAGUUUGUCUCUGACCUCUGAGGAGGACUUUGUCCCCAGGCCAGCCCUGCUGGGAGGGCUUUGGAGAGCUGGAGACCUGGGGGCUCUGGGCACUGGGCACAGCCCAUUGCCCCUAUCUGAACAGGUGGAGAGGAACCGCCUUCUUCUGCAGGAGAUGCUAACUCUUGGGGGGCAAGCUCCCCCCAAGGUGGAAAUCCAAGCUUGGACUCCAUCCUGGGACAGAGCUGUACCAGAGCAACCAUCUAAGGACAUGGACUGGGACUUGGGUAUCUCCCCGCAGGACUCAGAGCAGAACAGGACCUUUGGCCCCAAGCCAGAACUGGUGCUGAGGAGCCCCAGACAUGAGGAAGCCAAGCACCUGCUGCAGCUGCAGAGUGCCCGCAUGAAGGCCAGGACCCGGCCCCUCCGUGCCAGCCAUGAUAUCAUGCCCACCAUUGACCAGGGUGGCCGGGACGGCGGAAGUAGCCCAGCGCUGGACCAGAGGGCGCCCUUUGCCUGCAGAGACACCCUCCAGAACGGGAGCACCAGUGACUCCUCCAGCGGGGAGUCCGGCAGCGGGCAGUGGCAGAAGCGGGGUCCCCCCCCUUCCCACGUCCGCUUUGAGGACGAGUCCGCUGGGGACGCCGAGUCCCGCUACCUGGAACGGCUGCAGCAGCGCCAGCGCCAGGGGCUGAGCCCCGCGCUGCAGACAGCAGCCCAGGGCCCGCUGCGCUCCAAGCCCGAGCUGGCCGACUACGUCCCCAGGGGCGGCGGCGGCGGCAAGGAGGGACGCCCUGCCCCGGGGAAGGCAGCGCCCGACCCCCAGGUCCUCCAGGAGCACGCGGCUGCCCGUGGGCUGGGGAGGGGGUUGGCAGAGCCCCGUAGCUCUCGGGGCUUGAGCGCCCCCUUCAGGCUCCUCCCUGCAGAGCAAGGGCUCCCCGCAGAGCCGACCCGGGAGACUCCUAUCGGAGGCUGUGUAUGCCCCGAGGAGGUGGACCCCGCCCUGGACACCGCGGACACCUCAGACAGCUGCAGACCCGCCAGCGAGGAGGCUGGGACCUGUCAGCCCAGCGCGGCCCGCGGCAGCAGCCCCCGACUGCACUGCUCCAGGCCGCGUGGAGGCCACAGGUGGUUCCUGAAGGCUGAAAGGGAGCCCCCUGGGAGCCCUCCGGCUCCGCACUGCCUGCCCGGGGUGGAUCUCCUGGAAGUUUCAGAUGAAGUGAAAGAAGGCAGAGGACACGUGCCUGAGGGGACUCUGUUCCCCAGAGAAGACCCUCUCUCCAAGCCUCCUGUGCAGGAAUCUGAGAGGGCCUCCUCUGGGUCCCAGGGGGAGCUGCAACCAGGACUGAGAAAUCACUGGGCUCCCUCUGUGGAUUCCUGGGCUCUGUGCGGGACAGCCUGUGCCACAGCCUCGCUCAUGAAGCUGGCAUCCUCCGGGCCAGGCAGACAAGACCAGGUUAUAGAAAGCCACAAGUCUCUGGAAACUGUACCCCUGCAACAGAGCCAUACAGAGCCCUCGACCCCACACCAGGCCCAGCAACCAACCCCUUUCCUUUCCCCUGAAGGCUGGAUGCCAACUCCUCCUCCUUCCAGGAAAACCACUUCACCUGGGUCUCACAGGAAGGCACCUCACAGGCCAGGUGACCAGGGAGAGACUGUGGACACCCCCCUGCCUCCCUCAGGAAGUAUGGUUCCCAGGACCUGUGAGCUCAGCCCCCCACAGACCCAGCCCUGCAGCCUCCAAGUCAGGCACCCACUGCUCGGCCUCUCCACCAACAACUGCAACAACAGCGUGCCUGGGGGGCUGCAGGAGUCCUGGGGAGGCGCCAUGCUCGAGGGCAGGGUAGAGAAGGGUGCCAGCCACCAGGAGCCUGAGGCACCCCUGGAGAACUGCAGAGAUGGUGUUGGCACCAUCAGCUCCAUGGGUGUCACUUUCUCCCUGGCCUUAGAAGAGCCAGAGUCCAGCCAGGAACCAGAGGGAGACCUGCAGAGGACGGAGUUGAGUUCUGAAGGGCUUGUGUCAUCCCGAGCACUACUGGGGGUCAGUGCAAGACCUGUCCCACCCUCAGCUGCCCCUUCUGACAGGAACAAGAAAACCAGCAGCAGCAUCGCCACCCUGGGGCUGAAAAAGUUCUUCUUGGCCCUGAGCCAGGGCACACGACCCAAGUUGGGCAAAUCCCGCAGCUACAGUGUGGAGCAGCUGCAGCCCCCUGCGCCUGGCUUGGCUUCACACACCAGCACCCCCAAAGUGAAGAGAGCCCCAUCGUUACAAUCCCUGCAUCUGGUGUCACCCUCUCACCAACAUCGGAAAGCUGCCUCCUUUCAGAACCUCCAUUCUUUGCUGAGUGGCAAGGUGGACCGGUCCAGUCUGUACCUGGUAGGGGAACCAGGGGACCACAGUGAAUCUGGCAGGUUAAGCAAGCCCCCACCCCGUCGUGCACUCAGCGUGGAGGAUGUGGGUGCCCCCAGCCUGGCUCGCACAGUGGGCUGCGUGGUGGAGGUAUUCCCAGAUGGCACAAGCCAGCUGCAGCUACAACGCUCCCCAGAGGGCACUUUUGGCUUCUGUGUGGCCUCUGGGAAUGGGCGCCGGGACUCAGGUAUGCUCCCUCUGUUUUCUGGGCUCCAAAGCCCUGGGACCUUAGCAAACCACACUGGUGCUUUUUGGCUGUGGUCAGAGGCUUUUUCUGGUUUUUGGCUGAGCUGUGGAGCUCCAUGCUCAGAGAACCUCUUAUGGAAAGAGCAAGGAUGGGAGUUCUCCCCACAGGGGCUCUUUCUGAAGAGACAAGGUAUGGGGCUGCUGGACAGGGUAGCUAUUGACAGGCUUGACCCCACUGUCCCUCUGCUGUCUGAUGACAUUCUUGAAAUCAGAGUCUUGAAGGCCAACUUCAUUGGAGAGCCAGAGGGAGACUGUUUGUGCAUGUCAGUUCUCAGAGGCAAUCCCUUUGAUGUGGUCGAUGUGUUUAAACGGUUCCCUCCUCCAGCUGCUGAGUGUGUCUGGGCACGUGGAGUGUGCCUGCCUGUCUGUGCAUCCAGGUCCCUCCCUCAGUGCUGGCUCAUGAAAGUUAUGUUCACAGGCAUCCUGAGUCCAAGACCCUGGGAGAGUCUGAAGGAGUCUUCAGUGAUGUACAGAAAAAAGUGGCUCUUUUCCUCACUUUCCUCUUCAGAAAGAGAAUGCUUCUACGUGCAGGAGAUGGCUGACGCGAGCACGGCCAAGCUGUACUCAGGGCUGCUGGGGGUGGGGGAUGAGAUCCUUGAGGUAAAUGGGGCCAAGGUUGCAGGGCUGGGAUUGGCUCACAUUAAGGAGCUCCUGACCCAUGCAGAGAGCUUGUCACUCCGUGUGCUGAGGCAGAGGCCUAUCCCACGGUGA